GUCGCACGACGCUGAUAUCGCUGAUAAGGUGAUGAUUAUCCUCAAAAGCAUCACAGGUAACAAAGUCGCAUCACAGGCGACAAUGUCGCACUAGAUUUUUUAAAAGGAACACUGCUCGACACAAUAGCAAAGAUGUGAUAGCAACAACAAAACAGAGUGAUGGGCAAACGAAAAGUGGUACGCUAUCGAAAGAAACAAACAUCAUUGAAGGGGGAAGUAACUUGACGUUGUACCUGUUAUGAUCUGCACAUGGGCCACAAUUAAAUAACGAUUUGGAAGGAGCGAUACUGCGAUGCAAGAAGCUACACUCUCACAAAUAUCUCGAUUCUAAUUAUUAAUUACUCGCGAGUUUCAAGCCGGGCAAGUAUGCUCUCAAAAUUCGGAUUCUUACUGCUGCUUGCUUGUGUAACGUGUGUUCUGUUGUUCGUCACUCUUGCGGAGAGAACUUUGCGGCCACAGAGCUCGGAAGCAAACCUCGUACACUUUCAAGCACUGAACGAGGUACUUACCAAAUCAUCAUCAAGUACCAGAGUUAUAAUUGAACCCUCGUGCAACGCCACUUUCCUCACGUGGAUCGUGACGUCUUACGCGGGCGACGCCUCAGCCAGGAGUGCCUUACGACGAGCCUACGCAGCUGAGGAACUGCGGGCUUUGGAGAUCAGGAGAGUGUUCCUGCUCGGCACGCUGGACGCUGAUGCCGAGAGGAAGACGCACGUGACACAGAGCGCACUGGUGGACGAAUCGCGACGAUUCGGCGACAUCCUGCAAGGGGAUUUCCUGGAUACCUACAGAAACUUGACCCGCAAGCACCUGAUGGGUCUGCGCUGGGCAGUGAGUAACUGCAGGAGCGUCAGGUACAUCAUGAAGAUGGAUGACGACAUAGUUGUGAACCUGUAUGGCGUACUGGAUAAGCUGCAUACAGUAGAAGAAAAUUCCCUGGCCGGCUACGUCCUGAAGAACAUGGCGCCCGUCCGAGAACCAGCCAACAAAUGGUACGUAAGCCGGGCAGAGUACACGGGCAGCGUCUACCCUGCCUUCGUCUCUGGCUGGCUGUACGUCACGCGUCCACGAGUGGCGAGUCGACUGAUCGAUCACGCCGAGUCCUCCAGCAAACACUUCUGGAUAGACGACGUGUUCGUGACCGGCAUCCUGAGGCAGGCGCUCAAUGUAAGGGUCCAGAAUAUCAGCGAGGUGUACACGACGGACUACAGGUACCUGGAAUGCUGCAUGAAGGGGAGGGAGAGCCUGCUGAAGUGUGAAUUCCUGAUCGGUCCCAAUGGCGGCGACGUCGAGCUGCAGGUGCGCUUCAGGGAAUUCGCCAGGUUCUGCCACGCGAACUGCUCCGCCCGCGCUGAAGGUAACUUCGUUGGCAGGACCUGCGUAGUGCCGUACAGAGAGCCAAACCUGCCGCGCGAGGGCGCCGUUCAGAUAAGCCCCAUCAGAAUAUUGUGAGGAUGCAGGAAGGGUGAAUCGCAAGGAGCGAGAUCACUAAGCCAAAUACGUAUUAAAGAGAAUAUUUUCUAUAUUUUUUUAUUUAUUGUAUACAAAAUUUGUACAAUAUUUUACGUACGUUGUUAUUGAAAGUUUUUAAUAGAAUCGUAGGUACUUGUAUUGUCUACCUUUUUCAUGUGUCAGUUCUUAAAUUAAUAAUUGCUAUAUCACAGUCUCUUAUGUGAUAUAUAUAUAUAUAUAUACAUAUAUAAUCGUCUUAGUCUACAAUAUUAGUCACAGCUACUACGAGUCGAUUGGUAUUGUUAAUGCAAAUAAACGGCCUUGGAAUUUUA